AUGGCAGGGGACCCAGAGGCUCCCAGAGCUAUGCUAAGGAGCUGGAAGGAGGCCCCAGUGUGGGUCACUUGUCUUUGGAUGGAUGGGCUCCGCCAGCACACCUGUCCCCUAAUUACGCCAGAAGACUAUCUCCACCAGAAGACUUUCUCCACCAGAAGACUAUCUCCACCAGAAGACUUUCUCCACCAGAAGACUUUCUCCACCAGAAGACUAUCUCCACCAGAAGACUAUCUCCACCAGAAGACUAUCUCCACCAGAAGACUAUCUCCACCAGAAGACUAUCUCCACCAGAAGACUUUCUCCACCAGAAGACUUUCUCCACCAGAAGACUAUUUCCACCAGAAGACUAUCUCCACCAGAAGACUAUCUCCACCAGAAGACUAUCUCCACCAGAAGACUAUCUCCACCAGAAGACUAUCUCCACCAGAAGACUUUCUCCACCAGAAGACUAUCUCCACCAGAAGACUAUCUCCACCAGAAGACUUUCUCCACCAGAAGACUAUUUCCACCAGAAGACUAUCUCCACCAGAAGACUAUCUCCACCAGAAGACUAUCUCCACCAGAAGACUAUCUCCACCAGAAGACUUUCUCCACCAGAAGACUAUCUCCACCAGAAGACUAUCUCCACCAGAAGACUUUCUCCACCAGAAGACUUUCUCCACCAGAAGACUUUCUCCACCAGAAGACUAUUUCCACCAGAAGACUAUCUCCACCAGAAGACUAUCUCCACCAGAAGACUAUCUCCACCAGAAGACUAUUUCCACCAGAAGACUAUCUCCACCAGAAGACUAUCUCCACCAGAAGACUAUCUCCACCAGAAGACUAUCUCCACCAGAAGACUAUCUCCACCAGAAGACUAUCUCCACCAGAAGACUAUCUCCACCAGAAGACUAUUUCCACCAGAAGACUAUCUCCACCAGAAGACUAUCUCCACCAGAAGACUAUCUCCACCAGAAGACUAUUUCCACCAGAAGACUAUCUCCACCAGAAGACUAUUUCCACCAGAAGACUAUCUCCACCAGAAGACUAUCUCCACCAGAAGACUAUUUCCACCAGAAGACUAUUUCCACCAGACGACUAUUUCCACCAGAAGACUGUUUCCACCAGAAGACUAUUUCCACCAGAAGACUAUUUCCACCAGAAGACUGUUUCCACCAGAAGACUAUUUCCACCAGAAGACUAUUUCCACCAGAAGACUGUUUCCACCAGAAGACUAUUUCCACCAGAAGACUGUUUCCACCAGAAGACUAUUUCCACCAGAAGACUAUUUCCACCAGAAGACUAUCUCCACCAGAAGACUAUUUCCACCAGAAGACUAUCUCCACCAGAAGACUAUCUCCACCAGACUGA